AUGAUUUGUUUUCGAUUAUAUUCACGCGAAUUAUCAUCCGCAUUACUUAGCAACGGACACACACUUGAGACCGAAUUAUUGGCUGAUAUCCGAAUGUUCAACGACGUGGAUCUUAACCGAAGUGAGAGGUUUCACAGCACGUCACAACCAAAAAAAAGUCCAAAACCUAUGACUGAGAAGGAACAAGCGCCGAUGAAGUCCAGGGGAGUCAGUAAAUCCGUAGACACCGUACCCCCACGUGAACGUCCGCUCUGCUAUAACUGUCAAAUGUUUGGACACGUGGCCCGAGACUGCACUCAACCACGUAAACCAUUUAAGUGCGGUAAAUGUAAGCAAGAAGGGCACAGUAGUAAGUACUGUCAAAGCGAAUCAACUGAUGUUAAUUUGGUCAGUACUCGACCAAAGAAAAGUGCAGUACUUUAUAUUAAGGAAGUAUGA